GGUUCCCAUGAUGCAUUGCCUUGUCAACGUAGGCAAACAGGAACAUGGCUACCGGUGUUUAAUGUCGUUAGUCAUCUUUAAAAUACAGUUCUACUGUCCGGAUACAGGUUGUGUUGAUAUAAUAGUUCCCGUUUUCUGCGACAGAAGAAAAGCCUUAGUAGACUUUAUCAUUGGAGCCGGACGAUCCUUUGAAUACAACGUCAUUUUUUUCCAUUAAUCACAGACAGUGUGGGUCAGCAUGGCAAGUCCAAGGACCAGAAGAGUUCUGAAGGAAGUAAGAACCCAGGAUGAGAAUAAUCUGUGUUUUGAAUGUGGGGCUUUCAACCCUCAGUGGGUUAGUGUGACCUAUGGCAUCUGGAUUUGUCUCGAGUGCUCUGGCAAGCACAGAGGCCUGGGAGUACAUCUCAGCUUUGUGCGUUCUGUCACCAUGGACAAGUGGAAAGACACUGAGCUUGAGAAGAUGAAAGCUGGAGGAAAUGGGAAAUUUCGCCUCUUUCUUGAACUCCAAGAUGAUUAUGAUCCCAACUGGUCCUUGCAGGAGAAAUACAACAGCAGAGCUGCUGCACUCUUCAGAGACAAGGUCGCAACUUUAGCAGAGGGUAAGGAGUGGUCCAUUGAAACAUCCCCUGCCAGAAACUGGACCCCUCCUCAAGCCAAGACCAGCCUUUCAUCCUUUCAUCGCUCUGGAGGGUCUGGACAAACCUCAGCUAAAUCUAGCGACAAAGCUUUUGAAGACUGGUUGAGUGACGAUGUUAACUCUUAUCAGAGUGGUGGGGGUUACAGUGGGAAUCAAGAGAAUCGUUAUGUUGGUUUUGGUAACACUGUGACCCCAGAGAAGAAAGAGGAAGACUUCCUGAACAAUGCUAUGUCUUCUAUUUAUUCAGGUUGGAGCAGUUUCACUGUGGGAGCUAGCAAGUUUGCUUCUAUUGCUAAAGAUAACACAACUAAACUGGCAAACCAAGCAACUUUAAAGUUAAGGGGCUAUAAAGCACCCCCAGAACCGGCCACAGAGUUAGGACAGACAUUUAAUGAGAGUGUUAUCAAACCGACUCAAGAAAAGGUGAAAGAGGGCAAAUUGCUAGAUGAAAUGACUGUCAGCAUCACUGGGCUGGCAAACAAGGUUCAGGGGGCUAGUGCAAAACUCACCAAUCUCUUCUCUGGAAAUCCGGAAGAUGGGUCUGCUGGAGAGAGCUACCAGAACAUGGAUGCCGCUGAGGGAUAUCAAGGCAGUUCUAGCCAGCCUGUCUCAAGGGACUUCUGGGAAACCUUUGGCAGCAACAGCUCCUUAAAAGCCAAGAAGUCUCCCAGCACCGACAGCUGGACCAUCGCAGAUAAUUCCGCAAAGAAGAGCUCUGACAGUUGGGAUAACUGGGGCUCCGAAGCAGCAUCCAACAACAUACACAGCACAGAGGAUAGCUGGGAGGCCUGCGACAACAACUGGGAGAAUGCGGAUGGUAAGACGAAGAAAAGUCCCACCAAACCCGCUGAGGAUACGUGGGGUAAUGCAGACUGGUAGUCACCUCCCAACCUUACAUGUCAGCUCGUUUCCACUCUGGCCUUCUCCCUGUCUUCUU